AUGUUCGGAUAUCUGCCACUGGUUUUCAUUUUGUGCUAUGCAGCUUCCGCAAAUGGCAAACAGGCUCGUAUUUUUGGUGGGCAGGAGGCUAGAAUUGAAGAUUUCCCAUUCAUGGCAUCGCUCAGAACCCGUGACGAGGGUUUUCGAUGUGGAGCUGCAAUAAUCAGUGAUAGGUGGCUGUUAUCGGCAGCUCAUUGUACGGAUGGUUGUAAAAUUAGAAACCUACAAAUAGUCGUUGGAACAAACGAUUCUAUGUCUAGCCGGGGUGUCUUUUAUGACAUUGACCAGGUAUGGCGAUUAUGUUCAAAGUAUACCGAUUGCAAGGUUAACGCCGAGGCCCGGCCAAGUUGCAAUCAUCUGUGCAAUGGUAAAUGUAAUCAAAUUAUAAUGUCAGCCAGACCAAACACCAGAAUUCGAGAAUCCAAUAUAUGUACAGAAGGGCGGCGGGGUCAAGGAGCUUGCCGUGGUGAUUCGGGAGGGCCAAUGAUCGUUGACAAUCAGCUGGUCGGCUUGGCUUCCGGUGUCGUUGAAUGUGGCGUGGGAUUUCCGGAUGUCUACACAAGAGUCGCUAGCUAUCUUGAUUGGAUUGUUGAAAAAACUGAUAUUAGAGGUUGA